CGUUUUAUGUAUUAUUGUGUAUGUGUUAUUGGUUUUUGGAUUGUAAAGCUGAAAAAAAAGAUGAUCAAGAAUAUCCCGCCUGUUUCGAAGAGUUGAUUAUAUAAUCCACAGAUGGCUUAGGAAUCGUUGGUGGUGAACCGAUUAGCAUAACAGAAGUGCCCUUCAUGGCCCUAUUCAGACCAAUCGGUAAACAGUACCACUGCGGCGCCAGCAUCGUCAACGACCGAUUCCUGGUCUCCGCUGCACAUUGCGAUAGUUCUACACCCAUGGACAUCACAGUCGGAACGGAUACAGCUGAAUCCGGUGGCCAACGCUAUGACAUCGAAAAAGUGGUCGUGCAUCCUCUUUACAAACUAUACGAUUACGAUGUUUGUGUCAUCAAGAUCAAGGGAACGUUCAGGUUCAGCGAUAGAGUUUCUCCAAUCCAGAUGGCACAACCUAAUGCCGAACCUUCGAAUGGUGUCAUGUUAUUGACUACGGGUUUUGGAGAUACCAUGGAUAAUCAGAAUAUAGAUUCCUUAAGAGCCACUUCGAAUCAACUGUUGGGAGUAAAAGUUCCUCUUGUCGAUCGUGAAGUAUGCCGCAAGACCCUCACAAUGUUUGAAAUUACUGAAAGGAUGUUAUGUGCGGGAGGGCAACGGGGCAAAGAUAGCUGCAAAGGUGAUAGCGGAGGUCCUCUCGUAGAAAAAGAGGGGAAUGUAUAUAAGCUGGUUGGAAUAGUAUCCUUCGGAUUUUCGUGCGCAACCCAACUUCCGGGAGUGUACACUAACGUGGCUGCAUUGCGUACUUUCAUCGAUGAAGUCAUCCAGAAAAACUCUUGA